AUUGAGCGCCCAAUUCGAGUCUUCGCAGCCGUUGGAAACGCAAGAGUUGGAAAAUCUACUAUGCUAAACCUUGUUACACACGUCUGGGAUGGAUGGAAUAAACAUCAAGAAGAUUUCGUUGACGCGAUUUUUAAAACCGGUGAUUCAUUCAAACCGGUUACGCGAAACGUCUGGGCACACACGAUUCAUCCACGAAGCGAAAGCGGAUCCAUUGUUCUACUGGACGUAGAAGGCUUUGAUUUAGGUGACGAUACGGUAACAAAGCAUCUUAGUAUGUUCACAGCAAUGAUAUCGUCUUGUUUAAACCUUUUUGUCGACAACUACCUGGGAAACAACGACAAAAACUUUCUUUAUGAAAUAUCCCGCUUGAGUGCCUUGGUGUUACCAAACAAAUCUGACCUUCGAAACUUCCCAAAGCUUCAUCUCGUAAUACGGAGCAUUCUGAAAUCUCCUGAUGACAUCGGAAGUUACGUUCGUGAUACACUUUUUAAGCCAGAUCAAAAACAUGAAGUUACCCAAGGGAUGGUAGAUAUCAUUGAAAGAUACUUUCCAAGGGACAGCAUUGUAGUUAGCCAAAUUCCAGUUGUAAACGAACCGAAGAUGUUGCGAGAUCUUGCAAAAUUAAGGGAAAGUUUACACUGGGACAGUUUCGAAGAGCUUAUCAAUAAAGUAGUUACGAAGUGUCCUCAAAAGAAAUUUACCACUGGAGGAAGCCCAAUUGACGGUCAAGCCCUUGUAAACCUCGCGGAAGAAGUAGUGAGAUCUAUGAACAAUGAAAACUCGUGGAAAGACUUUGGGGAUGUCUUUUUAAACCUUGAAAAGGAAAUAUGUAAAAGAAGUUACGACAAAUACAUAAAGCCAGUACUACAGCUUGAUUCGAGAAGUAUUAGAUUCAUGAUGAUUAGAGCAAGAGACAAAUUCAAAAAGGAAUGCUUGCUUACAAGUGAGGUAGAGAGUACCGACAGGGAAUUAACGAAGACACUCGAAGAAAAAAGUCAAGAAGAAGAAAAGAAAAGGAGAGAGGAGGACGCAGAGGAAAGGAGAAGAGAAAAGGAGGAGGAGGAGAAAAAGUGGUUUACUUACGAGAAUUUAAAAGUAGCGGGUGGUUUUGCAGUCGGAUUGCUUGGUAAGUACCUCUGGACCUUAAGCGAUCAAAAUCUUAAAAGUAACGUAACAGUUCUGCCUUCCUCCCCGUACAACGACAUUGGACUUACUGGAGUCUGCUGGAAAUGGAAUGACAUCGCACAACAGAAGUUCGAUCUCACAGGGGAGGCCUGCGGAGUGAUUGCACAGGAAGUUCAAAAGCUGUAUCCCAUUGCUGUUUUAGUGGGAGAAGAUGGCUUCCUGCAAGUGCGAUAUGGAAUUCUUCAUGAGAUUAUCAGUAACCACGUUAGAAACCAGAGCUGUUAGAUCAUACACGUUCAAAAGAAACCUAGUACAGCACAGAUACUUUUUAUAUGACAAAGUGACAUAAAGGAACUCAGUCAGACGUUCAAUACUGUUGACUUUGCAUGCGAAACGAUUAGUCCUGCUGAAUUUCAGCUCAUUGAAGUUGAGUCUGGUUUUGAGUUAGGAGGUUAGGACUGUAAACAUAAUUUUUUCGGCCGAUUACCGGUGGGUGUUUGAUUUGUUGUUUCCUUUUUUUACUAAACAGUGCUGAUGUACCAGCACCUUUAUGUGCCAAGCCAUGCAUGCGUUGUCAAUAAAUGUAUUCUAUCAAAAUAAUGCCUCAUCAUUAGUUUAACCAAAAUUACCGGAUAUCUUAAUUUUUUACAAAAUUAUUGUCUUUCACGAAAAGAGAAAAGAACGACAUUAACUUCCUUUUCCCUGAUUCUCUAAAGACAAUAGUAAUUUAUUUACUUAUUUAUUACACAAAACAAUACAAGUAAAUGUCAAAUUUACAGAAAUUAUUUUUAUUUUCUAUCACUGCAUAUUUUAUUUAAAAAAAGAAGAAAGAAGAGAAAAUAGUACUGAAAAUUUAGUGAUAAUAAUACUAAAACAAUAAAACAAAAACUACAGCAACAACAAGAAAACUUAUAAACACGUCGCAAAUGCAUACUAAAGGAAAUGUUGAAAGGUGAAGUGUCGUACUAUUAUCGUUUCCAAAAGCUAUUUCUUUCUGAAAGCUCAGCUUUUAACUAAGAAGUAUGAGACAACUGUCAAAAGAGAUCUCAGUUUUCCUCGUGUAGGCAUCUUCAGUAUAUUGAGAAUUUUGCAAUUGAUUAGAAGUGCGUAAUUUAGUGAAUAUCUCUGUGUUGUGUAUUAUUGAAAACCCCAUACAGAAUCACACUGUCUGAUAAUGUCAAGGUUUGCCCAGUUUUAUUGGUCUACCAAAUUUAAAAAUGUUCUCCGAAAGGCAACGACAGAGGAGCAGCUGAGCGCAAUAAUAUGUGAUCUAAAGAGUGUGUAGACAAUAGUAAUUGUGCUAGAACAAUCGUGAGAACUUCCUUUCCGUAAAUUGGGAAAAUCUGUAUCAUUUAGUUAAUCAACGACGAAUGAAUCAAAACAUUCACUCUGAUUCACUCCUCCUAUCCUCUCUUGAUCUUGCUUAAUGCCAAUUUUAAAGUAAGGAUAGGUUAACGAUGACAAAGAACUAAACUGCAAAAAACCGUGGAAGAAGAUCCCAAGGGUUGUCUAAGUUGGAUCUUACGAAAAGAUCUAAUCAUGAUAAAACUUCUAACAUUUGAUUACUUGUUUCUGUCACUACGACAUUCGCUAAAACCCGUCGGAGUAGAAUUACAGCUAAAAAUGUUUAAAGCUAAAAACGACCAGUCCAAAGUGGACUACUGCAAAGCUGAUAACAACGUGUAUUUUAAACUUCUAGGGGUCAUUGUUGAAAAGCACAGCGUUUUUUUUUAUAGGUGAAUCAUAAACGAAAUGUUACCAGUGAAUAAGAAAGGUUCCAGCGGGCUGAGUCAGUCAACAUUAUUCAAUUUAUAUAUAUGAUAUGUGAUGUGAUGAGUCUAUCACUAAUUCACUAAAGUGUGAAACAAAUUCCAUGUUUCUGAUGUUUUCCAGAUACUGUCGAAGACGUCGAACCUCACGUAAGCGACCACCCAAAAUGCAAAGAUUUAAUGGUCGCUUACUGGAGGUGGUCUCUUAGUUACGAGAACAAGGAGUAUUUUUCCAGUAGAGGUCCAGGUAAAUAUACUUUUUACAAGAUAAUUUAGUACAUGUAAUUUCUAAGUUACGAUGUAUGUUGUUCCGUUUGUCACUCAAACAGUGACUCAAAGUCCGUCAUAUCCUUUGACGGGUAAGCGAACGUACAUAGAUCGAGAGUAGACCAUGAGGUAAGGGGUCGCGGCCAAACAAGGCUCGCUCCGCUCGCCAAGAGGUCGACUUGUAGCAAGCUUGAAAACAAUGGAAAAUUAUAAAAAUGUAUCCCCCAAAAGUGUUCGCGGUCACUUUCAAGAGGUGCUCGUUUACGAGAGAUUUCAACUAUAAGGCUUUGACUGAAAAGUUUUUGGUAGUUUGGAUCGAUGGUCGCUCGGAGAGGUGGAUUCGGCCGUAGGCCAUAUUUCCCAUGAUUCACUGAAUAUUUCCUCUCUUUCUGGGAAAACUGCCGUUGUCUUCCGGUUUUCCCAAGUAUAGGAAGUACAAUUUCCCCGCCAUCCAAGGUCGCAUUCUCAUGCAGCUUGUAAAUUACAUACAGUACAUCAAAAGACGAUGAACAUGCUUCUUCUAGUCGUUCUGGGGACAAUUUUUGCAGCAACUUUUACCUCAGCUGUUCACGAUGCGAAGGUGUUUCUCAAGGUGACAGACAACAACACCUACGAGCUCGUCGAAGAUGUUUUGAAAGAAAUGUCAAAUCUCAAGCGCCCGAUUCGAGUCUUAGCCGCCGUUGGUGAUGCAAGGGUUGGAAAAUCUACCACGUUAAACCUCAUUAGUCACGUCUUAGGUGGAAGGAAGAAAGAAGGAAAUUCUGUUGAAGAGAUUUUUAAAACAGGUGAUUCAGCCGAACAAGUAACGCGAAAUGUAUGGGCACACACGAUUCAUCCACGGGGCAAAAACGUUGGAGGCAUUGUUCUUCUGGACGUAGAGGGUUUUGAUUUAGGCGACGAUGAAGUUACAAAGCAUCUUAGUAUGUUUACAGCAAUGAUGUCGUCUUGUUUGACCCUGUUUGCCAAUGAUUAUUUGGGAAACAACGACAGAAACUUUCUUUAUUACAUAUCCCGCUUAAGUGACUUGGUAUUCCGAAACCGCAAAGCUGACCUGGGAAAUUUUCCGGAGCUUCAUAUUGUCAUACGAGGCAAUCUGAAAUAUCCCGAAGAUAUCGAAAGUUAUAUUCGUAAUAAAUUCUUUCAGCCAAACCAUGACAAGAGUAUCUAAGGUAUGGUAGAUACUAUUGAAAGAUACUUUAAAAGGGAUAGCAUUACAGUUAGCCAAAUUCCAGAUAUCAACGAACCUGAGAUGUUGCAAGACACUGCCAAAUUACGCAACAUUUCCGCUUUUUGGAACAGUUUCGAAAAAUUAAUGGCAAAAUUGGAGAAGUGUCCCGAGAAGAAAUUUGCCAUUGGAGGAAGCCCGAUGGACGGUCAAGCCGUAGUGCAACUUGCUAAAGACGUCGUGAAAGCUAUGAACGAAAAUUCGUGGGCAGAAUUCGGAGAUGUUUAUUUAAAUAAUGAAAAGGGCAUCUGUAGAAGAAGCUACGAAAAACACUUGAGACCAGUUUUACAAUUAGAUUCGACGGGAAUUGGAGAUUGGAUGAUGGAAGCAAUAGAAAAAUUCAAAACUGAUUGCAAGCUUGAAAGUGAGAUAGAGAGUGCCAAGGAGGAAUUAAGGAAGACCCUCAAUGAAAAAAGAAAACAAGAAGAAGAGAGAAGGAAACAGGAGGAAGUAGAAGAAAGAAGAAGAAAAGAAGAGGAAGAGAGAAGAAAAGAAAAGGAAGAGCGAGAAAAAAAGAAAAGUUGGGACUCUUAUGGCUGGUAUGCAGCCGGCUUGUUAGCCACGUACAUAGCCUACCUGAGCGAUGAAAAUCUAAAAAGUAAUGUGACGGUUCUUCCUUACUCCAUUUACAACGACAUUGGACUGACUGGAGUCUGCUGGAAAUGGAACGACAACGCACAACAGAAGUUCGGUCUCACAGGGGAGGCCUGCGGAGUGAUUGCACAAGAAGUCCAAAAGCUGUAUCCCAAGGCUGUUUUAGUGGGAGAAGAUGGCUUCCUGCAAGUGCGAUAUGGAAUACUUCAAAAGAUGAUUAACCACGUUAGAGACAAGCGCUGUUAG